ACAGCGGAAGCAGAGAGCAGAAGAAGGAUUUGGAGCGGAUUUGUUGGAUUAUAUCGUCACAGAGAGCAGCUAGCUGCCACUUCAAUACUUUGUCUGGAUAAAAUCUGACUCCUCGAAACUGUUUGUGUUGUUUACAUCGAAGACACGUCAUAGUGCUACGUGAUAAACAACAAAUAAAAGGAGAGAAGAGGAUUCACCGCGAGGAGACGCAGUAACCCGGUUUCCUUGACAACGCACAGCAGGUGUUCUCUGCUGUCACCAUGUCGUCUGUGGAGUCGAGCGGUGACGGUGGGAAGUGGCUGGACGCUCAUUAUGACCCGGUGGCGGGUCUGUACACCUUCACGUCCUGCGUGGACCUGGCGGACCUGAGCGGCGAUGGGGAGAGCCGGCUGGUGGUCGGAGAUCUGGGCUCUGGCUCCUCGGCCAUGAAGCUUAAGGUGUACCGGGGCACGGCGCUGAUGAGCGAGAGCACCCUGCUGGACCUGCCCACCGGCCUUGUCGCCUUCUUCAUGGACCUGCACGAGCCGCGCAUCCCCGCCGUCGCCGUGGCAUCUGGACCCUGCAUCUACGUCUACAAGAACCUGCGGCCGUACUUCAAGUUCACGCUGCCCGGCCUGGAGGUCAACACACUGGAGCAGGACGUGUGGCAGCAGGUGAGGGAGGGUCAGAUCGACCCUCUGACCCUUAAGGAGAUGUUGGAGAGCAUCAGGAAGAAGGCCGACGUCCCGCUGUCCAUCCGCUCGCUCAGGUUCCUGUCUUUGGAGACCAACGACAUGGAUGAGUUUGUCCAGCUGCACAAACAGCAACCAAUCAGGCGCCAGACCGUCAUCACCUGCAUCGGGACUCUGAAGAAGAGCACAGCUGACGAGGAUGGCGUCAGCUGUCUGGUGAUUGGUACAGAGAGCAACGACGUCUUCGUCCUGGAUCCCGAAGCCUUCAUCAUCCUCUCCAAAAUGUCGCUGCCGGCCGUUCCCACCAUGAUGGACGUGACGGGUCAGUUUGACGUGGAGUUUCGCAUCACAGUGGCGUGUCGCAAUGGCAACAUCUACAUCCUGCGCAGGGAGUCGGACAAACCCAAGUACUGCAUCGAGCUGUCGUCUCACCCGGUGGGUCUAGUGAGAGUUGGGAAGAACGUGGUGGUCGGCUGCACUGACGAGAGCCUGCAGGGCUUCACACAGAAGGGGAAGAAGCUGUGGACGGCUGUCCUCCCCGCUCCCAUCACCGCCAUGGCUGCCAUGGACCUCCCCACCAGGGGCUUCCAGGCAGUUCUGGUGGGUCUGGCCAACUGUGAGGUCCAGCUGUACCGAGACAAGAACCUGCUGAGCACCAUCAAGACAUCAGAUGUUGUCACCAGCAUCUGCUUUGGCCGGUACGGGCGUGAGGAUGGGACCCUGAUCAUGACCACCAAGGGAGGGGGCCUGAUGGUGAAGAUCCUGAAGAGGAUGGCGACGUUUGACGACAGGGACAGCGCCCCGGGGCCUCCACUGGCCCAGAGCGUCCGCCUCAACGUGCCCAAGAAGACCAAGCUGUACGUGGACCAGACGCUGAGGGAGCGCGAGAAUGGCCUGGCCAUGCACCGGGCCUUCCAGAUGGACCUGAGCCGCCUGCGCCUGGCCGCUGCCAAAGCUUAUGUCAAGGUGUUGGAGUCCAGCCUGACGCCGAUGUCCUCCAGCCUCACCGAGCCACUCAAGAUGAAUGCGGUGGUGCAGGGCCUGGGCCCGUCCUUCAAACUGACCCUAAACGUCCAGAACACGGCGGUGUGUAGGCCCGUCAUGAACCUGGCCAUCAGCUUCCUGUACGACGAGAGCCUGUACAGGAUGAGGAACCCGUACAUGAGGAUCCCUCUGCUGGUGCCCGGACUCAUCUACCCUGUCGAGACCUUUGUGGAGUGCACCAGCGACAAGGGCAUCUCUGACAUCAUCAAGGUGUUCAUCCUGCACGAGGGAAAGAGCUCGCCUCUGCUGACCGCCCACAUCAACAUGCCCGUCAGUGAGGGACUGACGCUCAACUGACAACACACGACACUUCAACUCCCUUCAUAACAGACUCCAAACAUCACCAGACUGAACUGACAACACACAACGCUUCAGCUUUAUUUAUUACAGACUCCAAACAUGAACGUUAGAUAGAAGGCUACAUGAAACUUUUUUUAAAAGAAUUCCAAAGCUGAAUUUAUGAAAUAAAAUCUGUAGAUGUAUCUGUAGAUAGAUAGAUUUGUUAAUGUUUGUUGUUCAUGUUUAAAACGGUAGUGACAUCAGAUGUGUGUGUGUCAUCGACAUGUUUGAACUCUCAGGGCUAAAAAUCACUGCAGACAAAAGACAUUUGGUUUUGUUAUAAAGGUCUGUAUAGAACAGACAAAAUAUGUUCUCCAUAUUCUGUUUUAUAAAUGUAGGCUUGUAUAAAGUUAAAUAAAAGAAUAAAUAUUAAAGUUUGUACAGAGGUCAUCGUCAUGAAAAAGAAGGUAACAACUCAUCAAAAAAGGUUUCAAAACAAUAAAUUUAGUAUUUCUGGGAAAUUUAAGCUCAAUUUAAACCCAAAUAAAUAUUUAUUAAAAAUGUUUUAUUGGAAACUUUAUUCUUCUCUGGGUUAUGACAGCAAUUAAUUUGAAUGAAUUAAAAGUGUCAAAAACUGUAAGUCAGUCUGUAAUAAACAUCAGGGUCUCAUUUAUAAAACAGUGUGUAGGAUCCAUGCUAAAAAUGUGUGUGUGUGUGGCUGAAUCUAAGUUGUUACAGGGCGCUAACUGAAGGAAAGUCCCCCACAGUUGUCAGAUAUCACCACAAAUAUAAUCUAAUUCUGUGGGAAACACAGUUCAACAAGUUAUUUCUAGUAUGAAUGUCCUGACUGGUGAUAACAGUGCUGGGCCACCCCACAAAUGAAUUCACCUCAUGACGUCAGCUACAGCAGCUGUAUGGGUAAAGUAGACUCAUCUAAAGAGGGAUUUAUACCCGUACGCCAGCUCUAUUAGUAGUCUACGCCGUUGUGAGCAUUUAUACUUGUGCUGUGGUGUGUCUGUGUCACUCUGCAGUUACACCUCUAAAACACUAGUGGGCAGUGAGGAUUCUGUGAAGUGCUGUAAAGUUUAGUUGAUUGAAAACACACAUUAAACACACAUUUUGCAAUGCAAAAAAGAUGGCCGCAUGUGCACCUUUGUCUGUAGUG